GUCUGAGAAAGCACUACCCUCUCUCUGCCGUUCAUGCUCCGGAAGAGCCAGAGACAGGGUAACAAGAAAACGCCUCAAACACAGGCGCGCAUGGUGUAGCCACGGAAAUCUUGCCCGUCUGCGAGCGAAUCGCACAGCUAUCGACAGUAACAGAGAGGACAGACGGAUAUCCCCACUGAGGUCUGGAAUCUGACGAAAACAGCCUGUUGUACGUGUGGGUUUAAAUGCGCAGCGAAUGGGAAAACUUCAAUAAAGCUACAGUAACGGUAGAGCAUAUAGCGUCGUGCCAGUGUCGAAUUAUUCUUCGUGGGCAAUAGACAAAGCGACGGAAUGCUGUGACAACCGUUCGCAUCUGCUGACCCUUCGAGUUCUCUGUUGUUUGCAAGAAACAAUAGGGGCACGUUGUUUGUGUUGUUGGUGCAGCUCUGAGAUUUAAACUGGAAUGUUUUGGAAUUUCGUGGACAUUCACCAAGGUCCGGGCAACUGGGGGGCACAGUUCCUGUGGAUUUUGUCACUGUGGGAAUUGUGUUUUCCUGAAUAGUGGACGCUGCAUCGUGGGGGGUAGAAGGCUGAAGUGUUUGCGUCUGGGAGCCAAGAGGAACCGCGCCUCCUAUUUCGGCAGAACCGUACAGAGAAGAAAUUUCUACAUCGGGAAGGUAUCCACUGUAUGGCUAAAGAUAUUAGGCUGAAGCGGUGCCCAGCAGCUGUGUGAUGGAGCUGAGGCUGGGUACUGUGCUGGUGUGGGCUGCGCUGCUGGGCUCCUGCCGCUUGACUCUCGCUGGUGUUCUGUACAGAAUGCAGGAGGAGCAGCCUCCCAGCACUUUGAUCGGCAGCCUCGCUGCAGACCAGGGCCUCCCAGAUUCUGGACACCUUUACAAACUGGAGGUGGGCACUCCCUACCUGCGUGUGGAUGGAAAAACGGGAGACAUCUUCACCACGGAGGUUCCCAUCGACAGGGAGAACCUGAAGGACUGUCGGGCUGUGCUUAAGGCAGACCCCUGCUUCCUGGAGUUUGAGGUGUCGAUUACUGACCUGAACCAGAACCAGAGCCCACGGCUUAUUGAGGGACGGAUCGAGGUUCUGGACGUGAAUGACAACACGCCGCAGUUCCCGUCCCCCAUCCUGACCAUCUCUGUCCCGGAGAGCACUCACCCCGGGACCUUGUUUUCAGUUCCUGUGGCCACUGACCGAGACUCAGAGAGGAAUGGCGUGGUGGACUAUGCCCUCACCACGGGUCCAGAUGCAGUGGCACUCUUUGGCCUGCAGGUGGCAGAGGACCGGGGUGAGAAGCUGCCUCAGCUUAUCGUCAUGGGCAACCUGGACCGUGAGCAGAAGGAUUCGUACGACCUCAACAUCAAAGUGGUGGAUGGGGGGAGCCCCUCACGCUACAGCAGCGCCCUGCUGAGGGUCAUCGUCACCGACGCUAACGACAAUGCACCCAAAUUCGAGAAGUCCAUUUACGAGGCAGAGCUGUCUGAGAACAGCGCCGUGGGGCACUCCGUUCUGCAGGUGAAAGCCAAUGACUCUGACAUGGGACCUAAUGGGGAGAUUGAGUACACCCUGCACCAAGCCUCAGAGGCCACUCAGAGGCUUCUGCGGAUUGACCACUCUACAGGUAUAAUCUAUGUGAAGGGGCAUGUGGAUCGUGAGGAGUUUACCUCCAUGAAGUUCUAUGUGGUUGCAAGGGAUAAAGGGUCAAUGCCAAAAAGUUCCAAGGUCUACGUAUCCAUCAACAUAAAGGAUCAGAAUGACAAUGCCCCCACCAUUGAGAUCCGUGGCAUUGGGCUGGUAACCCACCAGGACGGCGUGGCCAACAUCUCUGAGGACAUGCCCACUGGCACUGCAGUUGCACUGGUGCAGGUGUCAGACCGGGAUGAGGGGGAGAAUGCCGUUGUCACAUGUGUGGUUGCAGGGGAUGUCCCUUUCCAGCUAAGGCCAGCUGGUGAUACCCCUAAUGACCACAAGAGGAAAUACUUUCUGCAAACGACCACGCCCCUGGACUAUGAGCAUGUCAAGGAUUACAGGGUUGAGAUUGUAGCUGUGGACUCAGGCAACCCAGCGCUCUCCAGUACAAACUCUCUCAAAGUUCAAGUUAUGGAUGUGAAUGACAACUCCCCUGUCUUUUCUCCAAGCCAAUUUGAAGUGGAUUUCACAGAGGAGAACGAGCCUGGGGAUAAGGUCCUGGAUGUCACGGCAACAGAUGCUGACAGCGGCACCAAUGCUGAGCUCACAUACAGCAUCAUUGUGGUGGACUCCUCCACAAAGGGACUAUUUGAAAUCAAUGCCGACACAGGGGAGGUCCAAGUGAGGAAUCGCCUGGACCGAGAGCACAGAGAGCGCUACCAGUUCCACGUAGCAGCAACUGACAAGGGUGUCCCCAGCCACCGCGGGAUGGCCUCAGUCCUGGUCAGAGUGCUUGACCGCAAUGACAAUGAUCCCAAGUUCAUGCUGAGCAGCUACAGCUUCUCCGUCCUGGAGAACAUGCCUCCCCUUAGUCCUGUCGGCAUGGUGACAGUCACGGAUGCAGACAAAGGUGAGAAUGCACAGGUUCAACUUUCUGCAGAGUCGGAUGAUGGAAACUUUGUCAUCCAAAAUGGCACUGGCACCAUCCUUUCCAGCAUCUCAUUUGACCGGGAGAAGGAGAGCACCUACACAUUUCGCUUGAAGGCAGUGGAUGGUGGAGACCCUCCAAGGUCCUCCUUUGUUGGAGUAACAAUCAAUGUGCUGGAUGAAAAUGACAAUGCCCCCUAUGUCACUAAGCCUUCAAACUCCUCCUACAAAUGUCUCUCUCCUUUAACCAGCCCUGAAAGCCAAGUGGAAAGAGUGGAGGCCGAAGACAUUGACAUUGGGCCCAACGCAGAGUUGGUUUAUAGCAUAGCCAGUGGAAACCCCCACAACCUCUUCCGAAUAUCACCCUCUGAUGGGGAGAUCACACUGGCUAAGGAGUUAACCCAAAAACAUAAAGGCCUCCACAGACUUGUGGUCAGGGUGAGUGACAAGGGCAAGCCCCCAAAACACACCACUGCCCUGGUGCACAUCUAUGUGAAUGAGACCAUCGGCAACAUCACCCUGCUGGAGUCUCUGGUGGGGCACAGCCUGUACACCCCACUGGACACAGACAUUGCUGGGGAGCCUGACCUCAGCCUGACCUCUCACCACAGCAACAUCCUGUAUGGCAGCCUGGCAGGCAUCACUGGGGUCAUCUUCAUCAUUAUCAUCGUGGUGGUUGUCCGGCACCAUCUGCAGCAUGAGGCUAAGAGCGGGUACCAGGCUGGUAAGAAGGAGACCAAGGACUCCUUUGCCCCUAAACAGGCUCCUAAGAGCAAGAAGGGCAAAAAGGGGAAGAAAGGUGCAGCUCCCAAACAGGCAAAGCCAUUGGAAGAGGAUGAGGAGGAAGAGGCCAGCCUUCAGAAGAGUCUAAAAUUCAGCCUUGAUGGGGUUAAUGACAGCCCCAGGAUCCACCUGCCACUGAACUACCCCCCGGGCAGCCCCGACUUGGGGCGACACUACCGCUCCAACUCCCCCCUGCCCUCUAUCCAGCUGCAGCCCCAGUCGCCGUCGGCCUCCAAGAAGCACCAGGUUGUGCAGGACCUCCCCGCCACCAACACCUUUGUGGGGACUGGUGACGAGAACUCCAUCAGCUCCGAUCAAUAUUCAGAUCACAGCUACAAGCCAAACACCCAAAAAUACAGCAACAAACAGCUGCCUCAUCGCCGAGUGACAUUCUCCACAGCCAAUCCAGCACAGGACCUGCAGGACUCCUCCCAACACUGUUUCUAUGACAGCGGGCUGGAGGAAUCUGAGACCCCCAGCAGCAAGUCAUCCUCGGGGCCACGCCUCGGCCCCCUGGCUGUGCCAGAGGACCAUUAUGAGAGGACCACUCCCGAUGGCAGCAUUGGUGAGAUGCAGCACCCUGAAAGCGCAGAUGUGCGGUCUCUGCCUGAUGUUACAAUGACUGGAAACUGUACUCCAGAAUGCACUGAACUUGGUCAUUCGGACACCUGCUGGAUGCCAGGGCAGCCCUCCCCAACCCGCAAGACCAAGAGCACCCCAAAACUCUCCACUUUCGUGCCUUACCAGGAAAGAGGGAGCCCAGACCACCUGACCAAUGGGUGCCCAGGCCGUGUGGAAGACCGCAGCACCAAAGUAGCCAGUGGCUGCUUCCUGCCGUCCCAUAGGGCCUACUCCGGCAGCAGUGGCCAUGAGCCCAACAAGGACUGCCCCCUGGAGGACAUUCCCCUGAGCCAGGCCACCACAACCCUGCGCCAUGCCUCCAAAAGGGAGAUCUACCUGUGAGGAGAGCUGGCCUGCCUUUCACAGAACCACAGAGGAAAGCCUGAAUCCAAAAAAGAGUCAGAUGAAUAGAAAGAAUGUAAACAUUGAUUACGCUGGAAUGUUGUUGUUUGUAGGAAUAUUACUUUGAUUUAUGGAGAUACUAUGAACUGUUUUUUACUUUUUUAUUAUUUCUUAAACUGCAUUGGUGUUAGACAAAAGCAGAAACAAAAAGACAAAUAUUUCUGAUAUGUUACUGUUUUGGAAGUCUGUGAAAUUUUCUGUCAACUCCAGGAGUUUUGAAGGUGCAAUCAGCGCUGUAGUGCUAGAACCAAUGUCUUAUUUAACUCAGAUCAUGUUUGUGACAGACCGUUUGAACUGGAGGAAAUAUUAUUAGCAUCCUUAAAUCAUAGCAAGAAGUCUUUGAUACUGUACAGUACUGUAAAUACAUUUGAAUAGCGUGCAUAUGUUUAUCAGACUUCAGUACUUUUUCGUCAGCUAUAAAGAGCUUAAAAUUUGGAGCAUUUACUGUUGAUGUUGUUUUACAGUGAUACAGAAACAUUGUUAUGGAUUGGCACAGGAAGAAAGCAACCUGAAUACAGUUGCCUGAGUUGUGGAAUGUCUUUCUGUUACAUAGGGUACAGAACGGACCAGGAGGGAAAGGACUAUUUUGUGAUCUUCAGUCUUUGUUCUGUGGAAGUCUCAUGUAUUUGGAAACAAAUACCAAAAAACCAAAUUGACACACUGUGCUUUGUUAAGAGAGUGACUUACCAGUUUUCCACAGCAUUAGGCUGUAUCACUGUGGCUUCAAUGUACAGCCUUCCUUCUCUCAUCAUCACCCUCUCAUCAUUAAAUAUGAGGCCACACCUCCACACAGGAGAACAUACCUCCACAUCAUCAUUGCCCAAUCCCAUCACACCGUGUGCCACCAAAAAAAAAAAAAAAAAAACAGGAUUAUGGG